GGGAUAUUUUGCUGUUCAACAAUGACAGUUAUCUGUUUGUGACGAUGUAGUGUCACCAAUACUGGAUGACAUCUUUUGGGAGAAUGCAUAUUGCGGUGACCACAUCGUUCGGGAUAUUGUGGAUGAACUGAUCUCAGACUGCAUUAAAAGUGAAAAAGAAAACAACAGAGUAAAGACAAAUAGCUCGUAAGUGUUCAUCAUGGAUUCUGGUCCAGACGAGACUGUGUCUGGAGAGGGACCAGAUCAACUUGAGGAAGCAACUGAGAUGAAUGAACAAGAAGAUACUGAGGCUGGCAGUCCAAUGCAACAAUCACCGGACCAGUCCAACUUCGAUGAAAAUUACAGGUCUCCAGAAAGUGCAGAUCAAACAGUUCAAGGAGAACUGAUGGAUACAGCUGAUGAUAAACCUGAAUCUCCUGAUGCUGGAAUGGAAAGUGAGGGAGCUAGUGACAAUGAGCAGGAAGAUGAAAGUAAUGAAAUAGAAAACAAUGAAGCUGGUGAAUCUGAGGUUGAUAGAACAGAUGUAACUGAAUCAUAUCAACCUGUGCAGAAAUCACCUGAAUUGCCAGCUGUGGUUGAUUCUAGUUUUUGGUCUGAUCAGGAAACACAAGAAAAAGAGCAUGUAAUCAGGGAUGGUGAAGAAAAAAAUUCUAGUAAAAUAAUAGAUGAUGAGCAAGAAACUAUAGAAAAAGGUGAAUUAGGUGAAUUUGAAAAUGAAAAAGCUAAUGAAAAAGAAGCAGAAUCAGUUGAUCAGGAAGAAGUAGAGGAUUCACAAAAUUAUAAAUCAAAGCCUGUUGACGAGUCAAGAACUUCUCAAAGUUCUGAAAAUGUAAGCCAGCAGGAAGGUAAUGUUCCUGAUGAGUCAAAUUUUGAACACAAGACUAUUGAUGAAAAUAAAACUGAUUUCACUGAGACCGAUAAUGUGACAGAUCAAGAAAUUCAUAAUUUAUCUGAUAGUGACAGACAGUUAGGUCAGGAGGGAAAUGAAAAUGUAGAAGAAAGGUCUCAUUCACCCAGAUCUCGGGAGGUAAGCUCUACUUCACUUGAUAAAGAGUUGCCACAAAAAGAAGACAAUGUCUUUGACAAUUUGGAGGAAAAUAGUGUUCUCUCUUUAGACAAAACUAAAGAAACAAACUUUGAGGCUGAAGGGGACAUUGAUAGUUUUAAAUAUCCAAGUAGUGGAUUAGUCCAGACAAAGAAACCAGAACAUUUAAAUAUAGAUCCAUUUGGAAAGGGAAAUAUGUCAGCUUCUAGUUCAGUAGACAAUUUUUCAACUACAUCUUUAAAAGGUUCAAGUGAUAGUGAUGAUGAUGACAUAUCUGAUUUUGAUCUUACUAAGCCGGAAACACAAGGUAUUGGCACUGGCAGACAAAUUGAAGAUGGUGAAACAUUAAAUGGCCAAGUUACUGACACUGAUACUGUUUCUAGUUCUUCUAAUACUGUAAUAGAAAACACAGUCAAGCAGGAUGAUUUUGAAGAAAAAGUUGCUGAAGAAAAUGGAACAGGUGACAGUGCACCAGAUACAAGUAUGCAGGAAGAAGCACAGCAGUCACAAGUAGAUGAUAAGAAAUUAGAUAAUUCCCUGGAAGAAGUUUCUGAUGAGGAGGAUGAGGAUGUUCAUAGAGAUGAGGAAGUACAAGAAGGAAAGCAAGGCUCACUUUCUGGUAUGGAGGAAGUCUCUUCGGAGGAGGAGGAGGUGGAGGCUGACAAUGAUGAGAAAGAAAAAAAAUUGGAAUCUGGAAUGGAGGAGGUUUCUGAGGAGGAGGGUGAUGCUGAUGGGGAAGAUGACAAGGUGGAAUCUGGUAUGGAGGAGGUCUCUGAGGAGGAGGGUGAUGCUGAUGGGGGAGAUGACAAGGUGGAAUCUGGUAUGGAGGAGGUCUCUGAGGAGGAGGAGGAGGUUGAGGCAAAUGACGAAGAUAAAAAAGUGGAAUCUGGAAUGGAGGAAGUAUCAGAGGAGGAAGGAGAGAGUGAAGGAGAAGAUGGAUCAGGAGUGGAAAAUGUUAGUUCUGAUGAGGAGCAAGAGGAGGAAGAAGAUGUUAAGAAAUUAGAAGCUGAAACAGCAGAUGCAGCUAGAACUGUAGAAGUAAAACAGAAUGGGGAGAUUGUUACAAUUGACGAUACUGGAAAGGAAGAUGGUGCUAUAGUGAAAGAAAUGUUAGAAAAUAUGACAAUAAAGAUUGAAAACAGUUCUGGAGACAAAGCAGAGACAGUUGUUAAAAGAAGAAAAUCCAAAGACAAAAAGGAAAGGAGGGAAAGUGCAAAAUCUAAAACUAAAUCAUAUAUAAAAGACACAAGGGAUAUAAAUGAACGUUUGAAAGCUCAGGCAAGUUACGGUGAUGAUGUUGAGCUGGAUUAUGAUGACACUGUGCAUGAUGAAAGCAAAGAUAAGCAGGGUAGUGAGUCUGAAGGUGAAAUAACAAGUGAUAGUUCAUCAAGUGAUGGUGAGAUAGAGGAGGAGGAAUGUGAGGAAGGUGAAAUAAAGGAACCUGGCCAGAAACCAUACAUCAAGCCUACAUGUAGAUUCUUCAUGCGGGGACAUUGUACAUGGGGAAUCAACUGUCGUUUCCUUCAUCCUGGAGUCAAUGAUAAAGGUUAUUACCAGUUGAUAGAGAGACCAGGAUUCAGCAAUAAGCCACCACCACCAUUUGAGGAGAAAUGGGAAGAAGAAGCACCAGAGCGAACGCCCACACCAGAGCCCCCUCCCCCACCUCCAGAGCCUAAAGAGGAGACAGCAUGGGAGAGAGGACUGAGACAGGCCAAGGAGUUACGGAAAAAAGCGUUAGAGCGACGUGAGAUGGAGACAAACUUUGAACAUAAGAAGAUGAAUCUGUCUAUAGAAGAUAACCCGGAGUUUGAUAAAGAGAAUGUUGAUGAAGUGGAAAAGUCACCGAAGAAGUCACCUAUAAAACCAUCAGUGAAAAAGACACCUUAUUAUGACAAAUACGAGCCACUCAGCGAUGAUGAGUACUAUGAUCAGACACCAAUGCGUCUACAACAGAAACAGAUGGAGCAGAGCUGGAUGCCUGGUCAGUACGAGAACUUUGAAGUGCACUGGACACAGGAUCAGUAUGGGCCUCCACCACCUGGUGCUUAUCCUCCUCAAAUGUCCAGAUAUCCUUAUCAACCAGAACAGCCAAUGAGAGGUAGAGAGAGAAUGCCACUGAGACCAUCUCCACGUAGAUACAGUAUGUCUCCUCCUCCAGCACAACGUCAAAGACAAAUGAGACCACCUCAUAGAGAGCAACAAGAAAUGAUAAGAAGGGAAAAAAUUCAAGAACAGCGUAUGUCAUCACCACCCCCGAAACGUAAACCGCCUGUUGGACGAGGCCGCCCAAAAGCGGAUGAUUGGAACGAUCCAUGGACACGAGCUAAUGCUGCAAAAGGAAAAUCGCCUAAGAAGCGGAGUAGGUCUCGUGGUCGCAGACGUUCUAGACGUUCCCAUAGUUACUCUUCAUAUUCCUCAAGUUCGUACUCUGGUUCAUCAAGGUCAAGGUCUCGAUCGUCAUCUUAUUCCUCGGUAUCAAGUCGUUCCAGCAGUCAUUCUUCAUUAAGCAGGUCUCGUUCACCCAUACCUAGGCGAGGAGUGAGGCGUCCAGUACCUGGUGGGAACCAUCCAGUCAGGCGACCUUCAACCCAGGCUAAACCAAAUGAGCCUCCCAAAAGUUCUGUGACAGUUCAAGGUAGAGGAGGCAGAGGUGGGGAGAGGCGUCCUGGCGGAGUACCAAACUCAAGACCAAGUGGUGUUCAAGGUUCCCCAACUAAACCAGUCAGAGGAAAUGCCCCUGCUCCAGGGAAACAGCCACCAGUAGGCAGGUCUUUAGGGCAGCAGAUAGCAGAUGUUGGGCGUGGUAAAAGACCACCACCACAGAAAGCAGCAGCUCCUCCUCCCCAGCCACAGAGAAAAUUCCAGAUGGCAGUCAAAACAAGAGACAGGCCCUUACCACAGUCAGCUUUAACUAAAGACAAAGGGAAACCAAAACCAGUUGCACGCAAACGUAAGACAAGCAGCUCUAGUAGUCGAAGCAGAUCAAGGAGUCGAUCUUCAUCAUCAUCAUCAAGAUCCAGUUACAGCAGCAGAUCUAGUUACAGUCGAAGCCGUAGUCGAAGUUCGUCAACUAGCUCAAGUGGUAGCGCGGACUCUGAUCAUCUGUAUCGUAACAUUGGUGCUCGAGAUAAUCAGAAACCACCACAGCCUGGUAGACCUAAUCCUGACACGGCCAAGCAUGGACGAAUGCCACCAGCAGGUAGACCUGGACAAGGUCGGCCAGGUUUGAAGCCAGGGGAGACAAGCCGUCCUUCAUCACUUGCUCAAGCCAAGGUUGUCAAGGAUCCACUGAAAAUGACAGGGCUCAAGUCAAACAUCAAACUUACACUAAUAAAGGUGAGUGUAGUUGUGUGAUUAAGGUGUGCAUUUGUAAACUUAGUUUUAGUUUCCACCAGUAACUCAGGUGGGCGACUACUCCGAAAUACUGGUUAGUAAAUUUUAGUUGGGAAAUAAUGCAAAAUUCAGAAGAAGCUCUUAUUCCAGAAGCUUCCCUGUUUCUUUAGCAAGCCAGGUAUAAAGCACAUAAUGUGACUAUUAUACUGAUUAGUUAUUUUUGGAAGAGUACCCGCUCGUGAUGAAAUAAUGCACAGAGGGGCACCUGGGGUCUUCCUCCACCAUAAAAGCUGGAAAGUCGCCAUAUUACCUAUCGUGUCGGUGCGACGUUAAAUCAAAAAAAAAAAAAAAUAGAAAAUAAUUUUUGGAGGAGUUUGGAAUUACACAGGUUUCACAGUCGGACAAUGUUACCACUUCUUUACUUCAUCCACUCCUGUGCUAGGCCACUAUUUACCACAUGUUAUACUAGUCUGAUCACAGUACCUUUCCAGUUGCCAUUUAAAAUACUCCUUAGUGAAAGACCCAAAAUUACAACGGUCAGUAAUUUCUUGAUAAAACCUUUUAGCUAGUUAAUAUCUUUGUCAUUUAAAAAUCUUUACUAAAAGGUAGAACAUGACUUAUUGUACCCCCGACAACAAAGUUGUAAGGGGC